GCCACCUGCGGCUCCGGCUGCCGCUGUCAGUUGGGCGGCUGCGUCCCAACAUGGCGCCGGCGGCAGCGGGGGCGGCCGCGGGGCGCGGGGCCGCGUCGGGCGGAUGGAAGUACUGAUGACGGUCCGGAGACUCGCCUCCAUCUGUACCAUGGGCGCCAAUGCCUCUGCUUUGGAGAAAGAGAUUGGUCCUGAACAGUUCCCUGUGAAUGAGCAUUAUUUUGGCUUGGUCAAUUUCGGCAAUACCUGCUACUGCAACUCAGUCUUACAAGCACUUUAUUUCUGUCGGCCGUUUCGGGAGAAAGUGUUGGCAUACAAAGUGCAGCCUCGAAAGAAGGAAAGCCUCCUGACAUGCCUCUCUGACCUCUUCAACAGUAUUGCUACGCAAAAGAAGAAGGUGGGGGUCAUCCCACCCAAGAAAUUUAUCUCCCGAUUGAGGAAAGAAAAUGAGUUAUUUGAUAAUUACAUGCAGCAGGAUGCACAUGAAUUCCUAAACUACCUACUUAACACUAUUGCUGACUUACUGCAAGAAGAGAAAAAGCAGGAGAAGCAGAAUGGCAAACUCCAGAAUGGCAGCAUUGAGAGUGAAGAAGGAGACAAGACUGAACUGACGUGGGUCCAUGAAAUCUUCCAAGGAACACUAACCAAUGAAACCAGAUGUCUUAACUGUGAGGCUGUUAGUAGCAAAGAUGAGGACUUUCUGGAUCUCUCGGUUGACGUGGAACAAAAUACAUCAAUUACACACUGUCUAAGGGGAUUUAGUAAUACUGAAACUCUAUGCAGUGAAUAUAAAUACUAUUGUGAGCAGUGCCGCAGUAAACAGGAAGCACAGAAGAGAAUGAGAGUGAAAAAGUUGCCCAUGAUUUUAGCUCUGCACUUAAAAAGGUUCAAAUACAUGGACCAGCUGCAUCGAUACACCAAACUCUCCUACCGUGUAGUCUUUCCCUUGGAGCUCCGGCUCUUCAAUACUUCAGGAGAUGCUACAAAUCCUGACAGAAUGUAUGACCUUGUUGCUGUAGUUGUUCACUGUGGCAGUGGUCCAAAUCGUGGACAUUAUAUCACCAUUGUGAAGAGCCAUGGCUUCUGGUUGCUGUUUGAUGAUGAUAUUGUAGAGAAAAUUGAUGCCCAGGCCAUUGAAGAAUUUUAUGGGUUAACAUCAGACAUUUCCAAAAACUCAGAGUCUGGAUACAUCCUCUUCUACCAGUCAAGAGACUAAGGCAAAAGAUACAUGUAUACAAAUAAAAGAUUAAAAAAGGGAUCAAGAGAUGUCCAAAUGGAACAUAUUUGUGACAGCAGAAGCAGCUCCUCAUUGUUGCUGUAGGACCAGGACAGACUCAGCAGGGUGACUCGAGCCUUCUCCCUGCCAUUUUGUGGAGGAUUAGUGCUGACUGCCGUAACAAGAAGAGCUUUUGUUCCAGUUUUCUUUCUGGGCUUUUUUUCAUACGUGCUAUCUUCCAAAAUCUGUGUUACCUCUACUUGAAACCUGGCUGCUUAUUUGUUCAUGAACUGAAGAAAAGAUUUAAAAGUAGCAUUGUAGAAUUUUUACCAUUUAUUGUUGGCCUGAGGCUAUACCUUGGUUUCUGCCAUCGUCGUUUUUCUGUAUUUUAGCAGAAUGAUUUCAAUAUUCAGUGUCAGCUGAAGGCAUAUUUUAGGAUAUGAACAGCAGCUGGUUGCUGGAUAUUUUUGGUGACUCAGACUUGAGAAGCAGUACAAAGCUAAGACAUAUUGGAAAUGUCAAGUCUAUAAUUUUUAUUAAAAAAAAAACCACACACAACAGACAAAAAAACCUCUCUGCAGCAUUGUAAAUUUGCCUGUUAUGGUUUAGAUAACACUACCAGCACUGUUUCUUUUUUAUACUUUUCCUGUUCUGUCUCUUCCUCAGAAGGUAUAGAACUUAAUCCAUAUUCUUUUGAAGCAGUAGUUAUUUUUGCCUCAAAGCCACAUUUACUGCAACUUGAAGUGGAGCAGGAAAGCAGUUACCUUUUUGAAGAAUCUUGUCUGGUAACCAGUUGCUGUAGAGAUUGUGAAGUUAAAGCAUUUCUUGGAGCUUUUUGUGUAAACCAAAAGUGCCCUCAUUCUGAAACGGGAUCUGUUCAACAUUUCAUUCAAUGCAAUGAGCAUUUUGAAUCUAUGCUAAUCCACAGGAACAGCGCUAAUUGGGAAGGGUUGGCCGAGGGAAACUAAUCCAGACAAUCCACCCCUGUCUACUUCGCUCAGAGUAUCGCUGAGAAUUAUCUGAUCUAAUCUAAACCAAUAUUUACACCAAUGAAUAUUACAAGUUCAGUUUACACUUCAUUCCAGCUAUCUCAGAUGUAGGUGUUUCAAAAGCUCAGAACAGAGUAACGCUCCAACCAAAUACAAUAGCUGCGUUAUUAGCUUCAUUUUGAUUCCCAGAGUUAAUUAACAGUCACUCAACUGAAUUUGCCCCACGUUGGGUGCCAAAUAAAAGAUGUGGUGGUUUGGCUUCUAUCCCGCCCCCCUCCCCCCCACUUUUUAGAAACACCCAGCUAACUCAGACAGGCUCUGGGAAUAUAAAUGAAGCUAUUUCUUUACAGCUAUCACAGUAUACAAGCAGAUAUGUACAAUAUAUACAGUUAUAUCCAGAAAUAUACAAAGUAAAAAUAAUACAGAAGCACAACUCCCCUCCCAGAAACCUGAGUCCCCAGGAGGGGCUCUCAACCACCCCUGCACCUCCCCCUACCCCUCUCAACCUUACCCCAGUUCUCAGGAAAGAAAAGAGGUGCAGCCAAGAGCUUAAGGAGCAAGGUUAGUGGCAGUGAGGUUAGGGAGAUGCAGUCCAGUCUGAAGGCAGAAGCAGAGUGAAGACAAAAUGGCGAAUGUUAUCUAAUGUUUACUUUCUUGUUCCCAUAGCUCUCAGCGAGACUGUGAGAGAAGGAGACACAAACAUUGUUUUCCUUUUUCAGCCAAUUAUCUAAUUCUUUUCACCAGAACAUUCUAGCCUGCUUCAAACUAGCACAGCCUUCAAGGUGAUAAACAUGUAAGAAGGAAAAGCAACCAACCCAUCCUGACGUUGCCUUGCUAAAUGUUCCUCCUCAUCUUGUUGUGUCCAUUUGGGAAACAUAACACACCCCACCCCUAAAAAUGCUUCUUGUUUUACCUCUCUAGGCCUUGCUUAACAGGGGAAAUGAUUAGCCUUUUGAAGACUGAAACGGAGGCGUUCUCUCUUACGUGUGUAUAUAAGAUAAUCUCAAGGGUAACCUGAAAGGAAAGACUAAGGUUGUAAGAAGCUUCAGAAAAUCUCAUGGUUUUGAGAAGUCCUGUUGCUGUGCCAAAGCUUGUCACAGCUGACUCUAAACUACCAGUGUAGUCAAGUAUUUUCCUGUCCUCAUCUUGCUAGGUGACACAAGAGCCUGUCCCCUGUGUGGUUGUUCCCAGUGCAGCUGUUCAUGGUAAUCGACCAGUGAUUGUUGUUCUCCAGGACAUUGAACUUAUGCAAUUCUGUGGCUUGUGCAGGAUAUCCAAUAUUUUACCAAAAUAUUGUCCUCAGGAAAACAGCAUUUCACAAACAGUUCCUCGUGGUGGUUGUAUGUAUCUUGUCUCUUCUUGUCUUGACCACAAAUGUAAUGUUAGCGAUUAACUCCUGUCUUCAAAGCGCAAAUUAAUCAUUACCAUUGUGCUGCAACAGGGUUACAGGUUCCAUCUCCUCUUCCAGAAGAUAAAUCAUGGACUUUGGCUUUUUAAAUUAUUUUUUAUUAUACAGAGUACUGUCAUUUUCAGGGACACAUUCAGUAACAGCGAGUUCUCUUCUCACCUCCUUCCUGUCAUGUGGAAAUCCUUCCUGGCUUCAGAGUCCUCUCCCCUCGGUCACACACAAGCUGAGUCUUCUCCUGAUGACAUUAUCAGAAGACUGUCAUCACUUUAAUCUUGCAAAAAAAGGAAACAAAAGGACAAAAAGAAAAAAAAAAAAAAAAAAGAAAAGAAAAAGAGAGCACUGAGUUAAGAAUAAUCUAAACAGUAAGUACAGAAUUGAUGUAGUCCACUAGACCUGUAUUUUGUAUAUCUGGUGAAAACGUUUUUAACAGAUGAAAUACCUGAGAGAGAGUAUUGAAAGAUAUAUGCUAUAGAUUAAAACCUGUUCCAAGUGCACUUUUGCUACAGAUUUAUAAGGAGACUAAAAGGAAUUAAAUUGGAAGAGAAUGGUGUGAUGUUGCUUCUGUAUAAUAAAUGACCCCACCUGUCUCCAAUAAAGGUUGUGUAUGAUCAAA